UGCCGUUGACGUUUACUUUUUCUGAUCCAACAACAACGUAAAGUGCUGCAAAUUGUGAAGAGGCCGUAAAAAAUCAGAAAAAGAAACUGUUUUUUCUGCAAAAGUGUUUAUCAAGCAAUUUCAAGUUUUAGUAUUCGGUGGCGUGUACGUUACGUACAUUUUCAUCGGGUGUAGUUUUUUUUACCUCUCGUGAAUCAAGGUUAUGUUGGCGCGUUUUUGUUUUUGUGUUAAAACUGACAGCUACUGAAUAUAUCUACGAAACGAGACAUUUCUUCAAUUUAACUCCAGAUUAGUUAGUAUUUUGGUGAAAAAUGUUUGGUGCCAAACCGGGUGGAUUCGGACAAACCAGUGCGGCAAGUGGUUUCGGGACAUUUGGAACAAAUACGGCAACGGCUAGCCCUUUCGGUCAAACCAACACCUUCGGAAAACCUGCAACCGCCGGCGCCUUCGGUGCAACACCAGCUUUUGGACAACAAGCAAAUACUUCUUUAUUUGGACAAACCCAACCUGCGACUGGACUAUUCGGAGCCAGUACUAGUGCUGCGCCUGCUUUCGGAGCUCCAGCGACAACACAAUCUGGAUUUGGAACAUUUGGCCAACAGCAGCAACAAACAACAUCGUUAUUUGGAACACAAAAUAACACGGCACCUAAUACAACGUUAUUUGGCGCUAACAAUAAUAACUCGGCUUUCGGUGCAGCAAAACCUGCCGGAUUCGGUGGAUUCGGCCAAACUGCUCCACAAACUUCUUUGUUCGGACAAGCCAGUACUAGCCAGACCGCAACAGGCGGUUUCUUUGGUCAGAACACUCAGAGUGGAGGUUUAUUUGGUGCACCAAAAAAUGCGUUUGGCGCAACAGCCCCAGUUGGUGCGGGUAAUGGAACUGCUGUUGUUAAAUAUCAGCAAACUCCUUCCACAGACACACUUGUCAAAAAUGGACAAACAAACACUGUUCAAACUAAGCAGCAUUGUAUAACCUUUAUGAAGGAAUAUGAAAAUAAAUCAGUUGAAGAGCUUCGCUACGAGGAUUAUGCGGCUAACCGGAAGGGGCCGCAAGCCGGAUCAACUCCUGGAGGAUUUUUUGGGACGACAGCGGUCGCAACACCGUUUGGAGCAACUGCAACGCAGCCGCAGUCGCUGUUUGGGCAGGCUACAACAUCUCAGCCUAGUACAGGACUGUUUGGUACUACCACAAAUACUUUUGGGCAAACAACUGCACCUGCCUUUGGAGCUACGCAGAAUGCAGGAUUCGGAAAGCCAUUCGGAAGUGCAACGACAAGCAGUGGAUUUGGAUUUGGGCAAACCAAUACUAAUACAAUGGGUGGAUUGGGAACAAAUAAACCAGCGUUUGGUACAACCACGGGCCUGUUUGGUCAACCAGCGGCACCAGCUGCGAACACCUUCGGACAACCAUCGGCUUUUGGCGGGUUUGGAACGCAGAACCAGCCGCAGCAAGCUGGAAGUUUAUUUUCAGGAACUGCUACCAGCACAGCACCUGGAGCCAGCGCAUUCGGAGGUUUGGGCACCCAAACAACUCAGACUGGUUUUGGAUUCGGCUCUAAUACAGCAACCAUGACCGCAGGAGGAGGCUUGUUCGGUGCAAAACCAGCCGCAAAUACGUUUGGAACAUUGGGCAGUAGUUUUGGCCAGAAUCAAACAUCAACAGCGCCUGCGUUUGGUGGUUUUGGAACAAACACAACUACAGCAGGGUCGCUUUUUGCCAAUUCAUUCAAUAAACCGGCAGCUCCGGCAUUCGGCUUAAACACGACCACAUCAACGGGUACCUUUGGGGGUGGAUUGAAUUUCGGUGCUGGAUCCGGUUCCCUUUUCGGAAAUACUGCUAACAAACCUGGAACACUUGGAACUGGUAGUGGAUUAUUCGGAAAUACGUCUGCCCUCGGUGGUGGAACUGGUGCCUUUGGUGCUCUUGGAACUAACAGUUUUGGUACUGGUCUAGGCACGAACACAGGGUUGGGAAAUCUUGGUCAACCUGCUCAGCCUGCGGUGCCAAUUCAUCAACAAAUUUUAGCCAUGGUUACAUCUCCCUACGGGGACAAUCCAAUUUUCAAAGACAUUAAGCCACUUGCAUGGGCAACAGAAGACUCGCUGAAACCAACAAAUCCUUCUGCACAAAAAGCAAUUCUUGAAGGUGCCAAUCAACAGUUUAAAGUAUCGCCAAAAGUAACUGGAAGUGGCGUUAAAGUGAAGCCAGUCGGAUCGGCAACAUUAUCGAAAAAGUCUCUAUUCGAAGGUUUAGAGGAAUAUGACAGCACACUGGAGGAAUCGUUUACACUUAAACCGAAUGCAAAACGUCUGAUCAUAAAACCCAAAUCCACGACUCCAACAAUCACUAUUCAAAAUCGAUCAUCGAUAGUUCAAACAAACAUUCAAUCAAAGGAAGAUGCAGCAGGAAAAGAAUCUUUCCAAAAUCAAAUUCCGGUAGAGGCUCAACAGGGUACAUCUAGCCAGGACACGAGCCGUCGAGUAUCUUGGUUGCAAUCAAACGCGCUGGAGAAAGUUCGCCAAAUCAAUCGCAUGUCAGAUUCAGUACUGGACAGCACGAUCAAAGAGUUUGCCCUCGCUGGUGGGCUGCAACCAUCUUCUACUACAAUGACAGUUAAGGAAGCUUCGGUUGCUGAUUCGUCCGGAAAUUCACCACCUGUUGCGGCUGGUACAUCCAGUGGUAACGACAGUGGCCAUUGCGCUACAGUCCCCAACACCAGCUCGCCAGUCAACAUGAACGAUUCGUCGCUUAUGUCAUCAUCCAAUCGUUCCUUUCUCAAUGAUACCGCUAGUGCGAGCGGUGUAGGCGAUGUGUCGGCGGUUUCUGGAGCUGAAACCAUUGAGGAUGCCGAACCACAUCCGACUGGAAUAGUUUUGCGUCGACCAGGAUACUAUACGAUUCCCACGUUAGACGACAUUCUGCAAUUGAUGGACGAAGAGGGUCGUUGCGUUGUACCCAACUUCACAAUUGGUCGUAGGGGGUAUGGCAACGUGUACUUUAACGAGCCGAUUGACGUAGCAAACUUAAACCUAGACGAGAUUGUACACUUUCGCCAUAAGGAAGUUAUCAUCUAUCCAGAUGACGAAAACAAACCACUGGUCGGUGAAGGUCUGAAUCGCAAGGCACAGAUAACGCUGGACCAGGUUUGGCCACAUGACAAGGCACUUCAUGAACCAAUCAAAGAUCCGCAUCGGUUGGCUCUGAUGGAGUAUGAAGGGAAACUGCGCAGGGUAUGUGACAAGCAUGACACUCGCUUUCUAGAGUAUCGUCCGGAUACUGGAAGUUGGGUAUUCAAAGUAGAUCACUUUUCUAAAUACGGAUUGAGCGAUAGCGAUGAGGAUGAAACACCUGCCGAUCCGAAAAAAUCGAAAAUGAUGGUUUCCAACGAGAUGAAGCUACCAUCGAAGGAAACUGGUGCCAUUCAAAAAAAACCACAAGCAUCUACUUUGUUCAACCGAGAGAAAGCUUCAAUGCAACACGAAGAUUUCAAUUUUUCGCUCAUGAACGACAGCUUAGCUCCAACGAGCCCUACCGCAGCAUUAGCGUUGGGGAUGGGAACCGACUCGCAUAAACUGCAGCUCAUGAAGGCUUCCUUCUUCGUAGAGGAUGACUUCGACCGGCGAUCUGUACUGUCGGAAAUGACCGAUGGAGGUAGGGAUAGCCCCGAUCAAACUGUUCCUAACAAACCCUUCUUAGGACUCGGUAGAACUCUAACCAGCAGUCUUUAUUUGCGAAAAGCAGAGUCACCAACAAUAUUGGAAACAGAUUCCAUGCAGUUAGAAGACUUUGAUCAGUCAGCAGCUGCGAUUUUCGCAACUUCGACAAGCAAAAACUUACAGGAACAGAUGUUCCAAGCAAGGCGAAAGGAUACACCAAUUGAUAUCCCAAGGCCAAUCGGUCCCCGGUCAUUACCGUUGAUUUUGAAGCCACGCGUGGAAUUAGUACACUCGAACGAUAUAGUAAUUCCCUUUCAACAAUCAAUUUUGAACCGUUUUGUAAAUAACAAAACUGAUUUAGCGUUUUUUCAAGGUCGCAAGUUCAAAGUAGGCUGGAGCUUCCCGGCAUCAUUGGUAUUACUGAGUUCUAGUGAAAAUUGUUCUCAGCUAAAAAAGAGUGAGCUGCUUCCUAUUUGUGAAUUACAAAACUUUUUCCGAGGCCGCUCUGUCCAAGAUUAUUCUCCGGCAGUACUACAAAUGUUACAAAUUGGCUCAUCAGUAGAAACGGUCGAUUUUCAAAAAACAGUUGAGGACCAUCUAAAGAUAGAGUUGAAGUACGACGAAGUUCGGAAAAUGAGCAACAGCGAUUGCCCGUACUACGUGCCCGGUGGCAAGUAUGCCGGUUUAGCCGACCAUUAUGAAACGACCAAAAUGCUAGCAGAUAGUUUUGAUGCACCACACGAAGCGCUCUGUGUUGAAGUUUGGUCCUUAUGUGCUGCCCUUUGGGGUGCCCGUGAAGAGCUAGAGGAUGUGGAUGAUAGCGCUCAUCUGAGUACAAUGUUUCGAAGAGAUUUAUUCUCCGAAUGGAUUGAGGCAGUUGUAACCGAAAAAUCGUCCAAGGAAUUAGCUGCUGCACUGCAGGGAAAAAAGCAAGACUAUUUAGAUCAACUACUGGAGCUUGUCUGCACACACAAAAUACUGGAUGCAUGCGAGCUUGCUUUUGAAAAUGACGAUGUUAAUCUUUCAAUGUUACUAGCACAAAUUUCUGGAGGACCAACGAUUCGUCAAUUGAUCCAGCAUCAGCUUAGUUCGUGGCAAGAUGUAGAGGCAGAUAGUUUUAUUGACGUUCGCCGACUGAAACUGUUCAUGUUGAUUGCUGGAAUACCACUGUUAUCGUCCACGCAUGGCACAAUCAACAUUUUCGAACAAUUGGACUGGUUGAAAUCUUUGGCCCUCCAUCUCUGGUAUUUAUGCUCUCCGACUGCUUCCAUUACCGACGCUUUACUCAACUAUGAAUCAUCAUUUCAAUCCAACGAAUUUUUCGCUCUACCACCCACACCAAACUACACGACGCGAGUAUUGUUCACCGGAUCCAAACCAAUUCAUGAUAUUCGAUUCCACCUGCUGAAGCUUUACUCUAAGCGUUCACAUCCAAUGGAAGCUUUGCUGAACCCAGCCACGCAUACACCCGAUCCUCUUGAUUUUCGUCUAUCGUGGUUUCUCAUGCAAACAUUGGAAACUCUUGGAUAUCGUCACUGCUCCGAAUUAUCUCGUAGUCAGCUCCACUUGUCUUUUGCAAACCAGCUAGAAAAUCACGGAAUGUGGCAUUGGGCUAUAUACGUGUUGCUGCAUUUGAAUGACCAAUCUAGGCGGGAACUAAGCAUCCAGGAUCUUCUGUAUCGACACAUUGAGUUGUCGACCGACGAGGAUUACUUAGAGCGAGAACAGUUUGUCGUCGGUGAUCUUGGCAUUCCAGAGAAGUGGAUUUUCUGGGCCAAAGCUGUGCGGGCUGGAGCACAGUUUGACUACCACCAGCAAGCAUGCUUCCUACUUAAGGCCAAACAAUGGUCAAAAGCACAUGAAGUUAUCAUGGAACACAUUGCAGCGGAUUGUGUGAUCAAUGAUGAUAUUCCGUACCUAAAGACUCUAUUAAAUGAAUUCGAGGAUGUAAAGCAAAUUUCCAAUUGGUCCAUCAAAGGGCAGAUUCUACGGGAUUUCAUUGAAUUGAAUGAAAAGUUUGAUCUCAUCCGAGAUGCUAUCGAUGAUGACGUGGCCGAAACGCGACUGGAGGAACUGAAACCCAAACUGUCGGACCUGUGCUCGGUGAUUAAAAUGUUUCCCUGUCCGACACCAAAGCAUCGUCUGUGUCAAAGCGAGAUAGCCCAACGGUUAGCCUAUUUGAUACGGUCGUUCUUCAGCCAGGACCCGCAGAUAAAUAGUUGUGCUCUGAUGCGCAGUGCCCUCGAGAAGCUUCCGCUACCGCAGGAGUACGCUUUGGAGGAGCUGCGACAUAUGCUUAACGCGUUCCUAACAGAGGACCUUCGGAAGCCGGUUUAGUUAGUAGGCAUACUGAUGUGCGUCACCAGAAGUAAAACUUUGUAUUAGUAUGUUAUUUUCUAAAUACGAUAGCGUAGAUACUAUAUGAUUCACGGCAAACAUGCAACACUACUUGGUAAACACAGUACCGAAACAUAUAUGUUAUUAGUUGAUUUUUUACGUAUUUUGCUGAAAGACAACCUAAACUAUUAUACAGAUAUCGCACUAGCUUAUGCAAAUUCUACUUUAUGUGUAUUUUUUCCAAUUAAGUCCAAUGUUGGUAUCAAUGGUCUUAAAACAAAGUUUGCUUUGACGAA